GUCUUUGUUGUGGCUCACCAAGCCAAGCAAGUUUAUUAUUUGCCCUACCCAUGUCAAAAGGAGUACCUCAAAGGCUGGGAAGUCGUGUUCAAGGUAUCACCACAUGGUAAGCUACCCAUGCCCUCCGACGAGGAUUACAACAACAUUGACCCUGUAACAUACGAGGGAAUUUUUUAUCAAGAGCAAGAGAACUUUGGGGAUUUCGAAAUAGAAAUUGGUCUUGAGGACCUCGAGAACGAGGCACAUCUUCAUGGUGAAACAGUGGUGGACCUAAAGGACAUACAAAUGCUCACCAAGUUACAUGAGGGCAAUGGGUUCAAUGAUGAGACUCCACCGGACAUUCCCACCCAACCUCAUUACUCACAUGAUACUGAUAGUGAUAGUGAAAAUGAGAACCCAAUGCCUCGUUAUGAGAACCCAAUGCCUCAUUAUGAUAGUGAUGAUUCGAGGUGAUUGAUCAAUAUGAGCGGAAGCAAGCAAUCCAUGAACUCCAUUUUGAAGAGUAUGAGCCAACAGAAGUUCACCGGGACCACUAGAAGUGGAAGACCAACGCGUGCCAGCUCGCGUUACGCGGACGAUGACACGGGUGGAGUUGGAGGUGGAGGUGUAGGUGGAGGUGGAGGACGUGGUGGAGGUGGAGGACGAGGUGGAGGUGGAGGACGAGCUGGAGGACGAGGCGGAGGCGGAGGUGGAGGACGAGGACGAGGUGGAGGUGGAGGACGAGGACGAGGUGGAGGUG